AUGGCUACCACUCGCCAAGAGGAAGCUGUAGCCACCGACGGCGACCUGUCAGCUCUUCGUGAGAAGCUCGGCGCGAAAUUUCGAACCGAUCAAGCCUUGAAGGACGCGCUCGAGUCAGAGGGCAUCGCCCCGUUCUUCCAGGAGCUUCUCCAGGACUUUCUCAUCGACCAUCCGGGCAUUGACGACCCCGAUUUCAACGAGACGAUGAAGCACCACGCGAUGGUGAACACCAUGUGGGUGCAUCAGUAUCAGGCCGAGAACGUCGACAAGAGUCAGUUCACAGCUCUUGAUCACGCCGUACGUUUCAUGGUUGGCAUUAUCAGUUACGACAUCGGCAAUGCUGGAAGAUUCGGCUGGGGCUAG